CUGUUAUGUUAUUCAGAGAAAACAUGUUUAAAAAAAAAAAAAAAAUACAGAAUACAGAAUUUGCUAAAACUAUGUUUCUUCUUUUAUUUUAUUUUAUUGUUUUAUGUGUGCUUUUUUUUUUUUUUUAAAGAGCCAAUUAAUUUUUAUUUUUAUUUUGUUAAAAGACUCAUCGUGCUUGCUUGCACUCCAUGGAUGGGCUGGUGGGGCCCCACAUCUCAAAAACUGUUCCCUGGUUCACUUUCAUGGUCUUCAUCUCUGUAUUUCGGAAAUGCAUCAAGAAACUUGCAUGCCCAGAUUAUUAAAGCGUUUGAGAAUAAGAUUUUUGUAGCAUUUUUGAGAUGGGUUUCUGGUUUUCUUUCUGAUCAAUUGAGGUAGGACGCUAACUGUUCGUUAGAAAACCGAGAAGAAAGUUUGAAAAAGUAGAUUGAAGGCCUUUUGGUGUGAAAAUGAGAGAUUUUCCAUCUUGUUUUGGUGAAAAUGGGGUUCAAGUUGCUGAUUCUUCCUCGUCAAACACCAGUAAGACUGCUCAGAAUUUGGUUACUUGUGUCUAUCAAUGCCGGCUAAGAGGAAGAUCUUGCUUAAUUACUGUCACAUGGAGUAAGAAUUUGAUGGGUCAAGGCCUUAGUGUUGGGAUCGACGAUUCGUCGAAUCAGUGUCUCUGUAAGGUUGAUAUUAAACCAUGGUUGUUCUCCAAGAGAAGAGGGUCUAAGAGCUUAGAAGCAUAUUCUAGUAAAAUUGACAUAUAUUGGGACCUUUCUUCAGCGAAAUUCGGAUCCGGGCCUGAACCUUUGGAAGGAUAUUACGUGGGAGUUGUGGUGGAUCGUCAAAUGGUUCUCCUUCUCGGGGAUUUGAGAAAAGAAGCUUUCAAAAAGACUGGUGCCACCCCUGUGCCUUCUAAUUCUGUUUUCAUUGCCAAGAGAGAGCAUAUCUUUGGCAAGAAGGUGUUCAGCACAAAGGCCCAGUUUUGCAACAAUGGUCAAAGUCACGAUCUAGUGAUUGAAUGUGACACUAUUGGCGUCAGUGAUCCAUGCCUCAUCAUCCGUGUAGAUGGUAAGCCUCUGAUGCAGGUGAAGAGGCUCCGGUGGAAGUUUAGGGGAAACCAUACCAUCUUGGUUGAUGGUCUUGCGGUAGAAGUUUUCUGGGAUGUCCACAAUUGGCUUUUCGGUACUUCACUUGGAAAUGCAGUUUUUAUGUUCAAGACAUGCCUCUCAGCUGAGAAAUUGUGGUCAUCUAGCCAACCGCUAUCUGAUCCAAAUGCAUUGUCAUGGUCUUUUUCACAGAGAUUUUCGGAUAAUAAAGCGCUAGGUCUUGGUUUCUCGCUGAUAUUGUAUGCUUGGAAGAACGAAUAGAGUUGGAAGUUCUUCGUCGAGUGCUAACAGGAAACUCCUAGUGAGUGGUGAUUCUUAUCAACCAAGCAGUUGGAUUACAUUGAAUUUUAUUAAAUAUGGAUCCAUUUGUUUUCUCUUAUCUCUUUUUCUUCUUUGAGUAACUUGAGCAAUUUGAAUAGAUCACAGACAGUUUUGUUUUUUGCUGGCUGUAUAUCCUUCACAAAGUGUUAAUUUCAUUCUCAAUUUUUUUUCUA